GUUCCUAGCAACGAACGUGACCUUGACACAUUACUACCUGACUUCUGUCCCUGCCCAAUCAGCUAUCCAUCCAAAUACCACCAUUCAGCACCGCUGCUGGGAACUGUGGACGUGGGGCGUCGCUCGCUCGGCUUGACCGUGAGGCAGUUCAUCACAUUGGUAUAGAUAGACCGCCUCCCUGCUUCUCUCCACAUACAAACGCAGCAGAUCACCACUUCAUCACACGCAGCCAUGAGCUCGAUCGUGGAGGCUGCAAAGCGCAAGGCCGAGGGAGCUUUGACAGCAGCCAAGGGCGCGGCAGAAGAAGCACCGGCAGCGGUGCAGAAGGCAAGAGAGAAUCCGGAGAAAGCGAAGAAUGAUUUCCUGCACUCACCAUUAAUGCGAGUAGCUCUACCAUUCAUCAAUGGAGGAGCUGCAGGCAUGGUCGCAACGUCGGUGAUCCAGCCGAUUGAUAUGAUCAAGGUGCGCCUGCAGUUAGCCGGCGAGGGUGUCAAGACUGGGCCAAAGCCCACGCCUAUGUCGGUCACGCGGGAACUCGUUGCUGCUGGAAAGGUCAUGGAUCUGUACACUGGUCUGUCGGCAGGCCUGCUGCGCCAAGCGGUGUACACCACAGCACGCCUGGGCUUCUUCGACACCUUUAUGAAGGCUCUCUCAGCACGUGCAGAAGAGCAAGGAACGAAGAUCGGGUUCAAAGAGCGUGCCGCCGCCGGUCUGAGUGCUGGCGGUCUUGCCGCAUUCGUGGGCAACCCGGCAGAUCUGGCACUCAUUCGGAUGCAGAGUGACGGACUCAAGCCCAAGGCAGACCGAGCCAACUACAAAGGCGUGGGUGACGCUCUCAUGCGGAUAUCCAAGAACGAGGGCGUCGCUCGUCUAUGGGCAGGAGCCAGCCCGACUGUUGUCCGGGCCAUGGCGCUCAAUUUCGGACAGCUCGCAUUCUUCUCAGAGGCCAAGUCUCAGCUCAAGGACAGCUCCAUGGGUCCUCGAGCACAGACCUUGACGGCAUCCGCCAUUGCUGGCUUUUUCGCAUCUUUCUUCUCCUUGCCCUUCGACUUCGUCAAGACUCGUCUGCAAAAGCAAUCGCGUGGACCAGAUGGCAAACUCCCGUACAACGGUUUCCUCGACUGCUUCCAAAAGGUCAUCCGAGAAGAAGGCCCACUGCGAUUCUACCGCGGAUUCUCGACAUAUUAUGUGCGCAUUGCACCACACGCCAUGAUUACUCUCAUCGUCGCUGAUUACCUUAAUUUCAUUACGAAGUAGUAGAGUCGUCCUUGGAUGAUUGCGGUGCAAUUUGGUGGGUCGGUAUAGGAAGACUUGUUUGUGGGACGGGGGGACCAGACAUCGUUCGAAGAGCGAAGAGCGGCAGCGGUAAAAGAGAUAUCAUGCCCGAAGAUUCGUACAGAGAGCACCAUAUCCAGGGAUCCGCGCGGCGGUGCAUUGCAUGCCAUGCGCGUACGGGGCGCCAGCAUCGUUGUAGUAGUUGUAGUCGCUGUAGAUAGCCCACGCAAGAGUGCAGAGUGCAGUCGGCGCACGUGAAAAUCCAG